AUGUGUGAGCAAAAGAUAUGUGCUAUUUCAGCUCGUUGCGUGAUUCGUGCUUCUCCACUGGAUCUGAUCUUCAUUCUGGACAGCUCAGGAUCGCUACGAGAUAAGUUCCAAGACGAGAUCGACGUGAUUCGUCGCAUCAUAAAACAUGUGACGAUCGGGGAAUUCGCCACGCGCGUGAUGCUCAUUCAGUUCAGUGGAACACAACAUUUGGAGUUCAACUUUCACAAGUUCACAACACGCGGGGAGUUGUUGGCUGCUCUCGAUGUGCUAAGACAUGUGUCCGGCAUAACGCGUAUUGGUGGAGCUUUUGAGUUUGCCCUUGAAGCCCUGAAAAACCCUGUGAACGUAAGACGACUUGUCCAGGAUAACUAG